AUGUUAAUGAAUGGUUUGAAAUAUAUUAUACCAUGUCAAAAUCGACUUUCUCGACAAUCAAAACGAAAGAAAAAUAUUGAGGAUACCUAUGAUACAAUAUCCGCAAGAGUUAAAAAUUGUCUUGGUAGUAAUCAAACGUCUAUUAAAGAUGAACGAGCUAAUAACGCGUUUUCAGAAUUAAAACAACUUAUUUCUGCUUUAUAUGAAAAACCAUUAUCACGAACAUUACUUCGACGGGCUCGACGUCAACAUAAACAAAUUAAAUAUCUUCAAACAUUUUUAAGUAAUCGACCUGAUAUUAUUAUAUGUCAAAUAGAUAAAAGUUCAGGAUUCUAUAUUGGAGAUGCUACAACAAUUGAAUUAAAGGCAUAUGAAUAUAUGAGUACUACGAAAGCUUAUAAAGAAAUUGCCAAUGGUCAUUGUCCAUUAGCCGAUAAUUUACGUAGUGUACAAACGUUACUUCAACAUCUCCUACAACAAAAAGCAAUUACUAAAGAAUUAUAUGAUAAAAUAUAUCCAAAAAUGGAUAAAUUAGAAUUAGCCCAUUUUCAUGGUCUACCUAAAGUACACAAGCCUAAUAUGUCGUUAAGACCUAUUAUUGCGGGUAUUCAUGCACCAGCAACAGCCAUUUCGAAAUUUUUGAAUAAGCUCUUAGCACCUGUCUAUUUAAAAGUGGCGCGUCAAACAACAUUUAUUCAUAGUAUUGAUGUAGUUAAACAAUUGGAAGCAUAUGUACACAGUGAUUGUUUGAAGACGGCAACAAAGUUCAUUAUUGCUGAUGUCAAAAAUCUCUAUACAAUGAUACCACGACAGGGUGCAUUAGAAACAUUAUUACGAUUUUUAGAGGAACAUUCUAACAAUGGUAAAAUUGGUACAUUAUCAAUAGAUACUAUAUUACGACUCGCUCGGCUAAUAUUAGAUACGAAUUGUUUUGCUUAUAAAGAUAAAUAUUAUCAACAAAUUCAUGGUGGUGCAAUGGGUUCAGCAUUUACACAAGUUUUAGCUAAUAUUUAUAUGUUAGAAUGGGAACAAGAUUUAAUUCAACAUCAAUUAAAACAUAAAGAAAUUUAUGGCAGAUAUAUCGACGAUAUAUUUAUGACAACAAAUCAAUCAUCAGAUGAACUUCAAAUUGUAUUAGAAAAAGCAAAACAUAAAGAUGUUAAUAUCGAAAUUGAAUGUACUAUUGCUUCAACAGUUAAUUAUCUUGAUGUUACUAUAACAAAUGAAGAAGGUCAACUGAAAACGACGGUUUAUCAUAAACCAACAGCUGAACCAUAUUAUCUACCAUAUAGAUCAGAUCAUCCGCAUAAAUAUCAUCGCAAUAUACCUUUUAGUGCUUUAACACGUGCUGCACGUUUAUGUUCAAAUAUUCAUGAUUUUAAUUUAGAACGUCUUCGUAUUGAAAUGUCUUUAUUAUUAGGACAAUAUCCUCUAAAAAUGAUUACUAAUGAAUUUCUUCGAUUUUUUCAAAUGAAUAAGGCUAUGCCUGUAUUUCAACAACUUAAUCAACAAGCCUAUCAAGAAUUACAUCAACAACUGCUCCAUCGAACAACACAAAAAGAAACGAAAUCAAAUGAUAGAAUGAAAGAUCCUGUAAAACAUCCAGCAAUCUUACAGAAGAAACCAUGGGAUCGAAACAAAAUAUUCCUACCCUAUCCAUAUGAAAGUGGACCAUUGGCGACAUUUCCAAAAGAAUUUAAUUCAUGGUGGAAUAAACAUUAUUUGUUUCAAGGAUCUCAUCUACGACACAUCAAACUCCAACUAAUACCAAAAACUAAUGCUACAUUGGCACAUACAUUGAUUCGUAAAAAACCUCCAAACAAAAUAUUACGAUUAUCAGAACAAACAAACAACUAG